AUGACAUCUUCAGACUUAAUUCACAAAAAAUUUCACGAUAUACUUUUGAAAAAAAUCACUCACAACAAAGAUCCCAUCGUUGCUUCCAACUGUGUGAAAAUACUCCAAAAAGUAGUUGACAACAUCCUCUCAAAUCCGGACGUUCCGAAAUAUCGUUCCUUACCCUCAGAAAAUGCCAGGUUAAGGAGGGAUGUCUGUGAAGUCGACGGUGGGCUUGAUUUUCUUUUUGCACUUGGAUUUAAAAAAAAAGUGGUCUCGUUCAAAGAGUCGUUCACUCUCGAGAAUGAUCGAAUGGAUACAAACAAGCUGAAGAUUGCACAAAGUUUAUUAAAUGAGUUUCAUCAAAAGGCCGAGGCGAGAAGAGAGACGGCAGAUCGAAUGAUGCAGAAAGAGAAAAUUGAAGCCAAAGCAUAUGAAGAGAGAGUCAAGAGAGAAGUCGAGGAGGACUGGGAUAAUAGGAGAAGGAGGAGCAUUCUUGCAAAUCAAAGAAGAGAACAUCGAGAGCAGAAAAAGAAGGAGGAGGAGGAAGAUAAACUGCAGGAAGAGCAUGAAAGACCGGAAAUGGAAGGACUGGUUCCGAUGGAGGGCUACAAUUGA